AUGGAAAGAUUAAGUCGCAUGUUCCCCGGCGGGGGCAUGGGUGGUCCAGCUCCAGGCGUCGAUGCUCCUGCGAUUGAUAACUCCGAGACGGUGUAUAUUUCAUCUCUAGCUUUGUUGAAGAUGUUACGGCACGGAAGGGCUGGUGUUCCGAUGGAAGUCAUGGGUCUGAUGCUAGGAGAAUUCGUGGACGAUUACACCGUCAGAGUAGUUGAUGUCUUCGCAAUGCCCCAAAGCGGUACCGGCGUCUCCGUCGAAGCCGUCGAUCCUGUCUUCCAAACCAAAAUGAUGGAUAUGCUCCGUCAAACCGGACGACACGAAACAGUAGUAGGCUGGUACCAUUCCCAUCCUGGUUUCGGCUGCUGGCUCUCCUCCGUCGACAUAAACACCCAACAAUCCUUCGAACAACUCACCCCUCGCGCCGUAGCCGUCGUCAUCGACCCCAUUCAAUCCGUUAAAGGCAAAGUCGUAAUCGAUGCUUUCCGUCUCAUAAACCCACAAUCCCUAAUGAUGGGCCAAGAACCCCGUCAAUCAACUUCAAAUCUUGGAUACCUCCAAAAACCCUCUGUUCAGGCGCUCGUUCACGGUUUAAACCGACAUUAUUACUCCAUCGCGAUAAAUUAUAGGAAAACUCCGUUGGAGGAGAAUAUGCUUAUGAACUUACAUAAGAAUGUUUGGACAGCCGCGUUGGAGAUGCCGGAUUUCAAGAAGGCGGAUGAAGAGAAUGUGGUUAGAAUGGAGAAGAUGGUAGGACUGGCGGAACAGUAUACGAAACGUGUAGAAGAGGAAGGUGGACUGAGCGCCCAGGAGCUGAAGACCAGGUAUGUGGGCAAGUUAGAUCCGAAGAAACACUUGGAAGACGUGGGUAAGAGAGGGAUCGAAGAGAAUAUCGUUACGGCUUUGGUGGGCAUGGUGGAUAGACAGGCUGGCAUGUCAUGUGCCAGUGCUGUUAAUGGAAUCAAGGAGGAAGGGGAUUUAAUGGAGGAGUAA